CAUCUAGUUUAUUUCAUCCUUUCCUGUAUUCACCUCCUUUUUUCCCGUUGUCAUGCUGAAACGUAUGUCCAGACGCAGCCGCUCCUUGCUCUCCCUCGGCCUGACCUCCCUCGCCCUGACUCUCUCCAUACUGGCCUUCUGCACCUCCUACUGGUGUGAGGGGACGCACAAGGUAGUGAAACCUCUCUGUCUGUCUCCGGUGAAAAUCAAGAACUGUGGCAAGAACGAUAGCCGGCCCUUUUUCACUGAGAGCUUAGCUCCAGACCCCAAAAAGUCCAGUGUGACAAUAUCCCCGAAGCAGAAGGAGGAGCAAGCACAGAUGGAGGUGAAGAAGCUGGCCAAUGCGGUCCACUAUAUCUGGGAAACAGGAGAGGACAAAUACAUGCUUAGAUACUUUCACACAGGUUUCUGGCAUUCUUGUGAGAAACUGCAUAAUGGUGAUGGAGAGAAAUGUCGGAGUUUCAUUGAAUUGACUCCUGGGGAAGCACAAGGAAUUCUUUGGCUCUCCUUGUUCUCAGAGUUCAUGUAUAUCACUCUACUAGCCAUGGGAUUCCUUAUGAUGUGGAUGGAGCUGCUGUUACUUUGCUUUAAAAAGGAGAUGCAUGCACUUAAGGUCAAUGCCUUCGCUGCCAUGUGCACCGUUUUCUCUGGGAUGAUGGGGAUGGUGGCACAUAUGAUGUACACAACGGUAUUUCAGCUGACUGUGAGCAUCGGUCCUAAAGACUGGAGACCGCAGACAUGGGACUACGGCUGGUCGUUCGCUCUGGCUUGGAUUUCAUUUAGCUGCUGCAUGGCCGCUGCUGUCUUCACCCUCAACUCCUACACUAAGAGGGUGAUUGAGAUGAAGCGCCGUGCUCGUAUUCGCCUGGAAGAGAGCGCCAGUCAUGCUCCGCCUUAUGAAGAUAUCAUCAUGGCCGGUGCUAACGGCAGCAUCUACUCCAUCAACCUUCCUCUUCAGGGAAAGUUAAUCGACACCGCAUGGGCCUCUAGGAUGGAGGAGGGACUUCCUGGGGUGGAGAUGGAAGGUAUAGACAGUCAGGGUCUGGUGCUCUUAGGAAGGUGUGGGACGCAGGGUUGUGAGGACUGCGAGAGAGAAAUCAAGGAUGUGCUAGGGAAAGAAAGUGACCAAGAGGAUGAUGAAGUAUGCUGAGAAGAAGGAUGGUCUUCGUUUUUAUUCUAAAAAGUGGGCUUUAGGGAACAUUUUAACCUGGAAAUGUAUUUCCUC